AUGGUGUUGCGGAGUUUGCGAGAUAAUGUUCAGGAUGAAGGUUUUUUGGAAACCAGAGAUGUCAGCUACCGCCGGUCCUCCGAUGACCAUCAGUUAGACACUCAAUCGCCCUGUACUUUUACGGCUCACGUUAUCGCUCCUCAGUCAUUAAUCAAUGUAAAGCAUUGUGCGGUCAAUCGGCCGCAUACUCUUUCCUCGUAUACUAAUUGUCAAAAUGUUACCCACCCUCCCGAGUACCUGACCGUUUACUAUCAAAAUGUUCGUGGGAUGAGAACAAAGACGCAACACUUUUUGUUAUCUCUCUCCUCCUGUGACUACGAUGUUAUUGUUUUGACCGAAACGUGGCUGCGAGAAGAUAUACUGAACUCUGAACUCUCGACCAAUUAUACAAUAUACCGAUGCGAUCGUAACUCGUCUUCUAGUCAACUGCUUCGUGGAGGAGGGGUACUCAUCGCAAUCAAGAAUAACUUGACUGGGAUCGCAAUAAAAAUGCACGGAUUUGAACACCUAGAACAAACUACCGUACGUGUCUCGCUACCAAAUCUAUCGCUAUACAUCUGUUGUAUAUAUUUAAGGCCUAAUAGUGACCCAGAUCUUUACAGUUCUCACGCCUCUGCAGUUCAGCAAGUUCUUGACAUUGCGAAUAGUAUGGACCGUGUACUCGUUGUAGGUGAUUAUAAUCUUCCUCAUCUGCGAUGGACUUUUGAUCAUGAUCUAAAAUCUUAUCUACCUGAAAACGCUACAUCUGAACAAGAAAUAUCGAUUAUGGAAACGAUGGUAGCUGGAGGUCUUUAUCAAAUCUGCUCACUUUCGAAUAUGAAUGGACGAACCCUGGAUUUAGCAUUUGUUAAUAACACGGAUUUUGUAGAAUUAUUUGAGGCUCCGACAUCCAUACUUAAAGUCGACCCCCACCAUAAACCUUUUGUUUUAAGGUAUGAAAAGCAUCUGAAUGAGAAUAUGGUUUUCUCUGAAACUUACGACGAUCUCGACUUUGAUUUUAAUCGUUGCGAUAUGGAUGAUAUAUCAGCAGAUAUCGAAGCUGUCAAUUGGCAAGCUAUGCUUGGUGGUAACGAUUUGGACCAUACGGUUCCAUUGUUUUAUGGUACAAUAUAUAGAAUUUUACAUAGCAGAGUUCCUAAAAAACGAGUUAGAAACAAAGUGGAUUACAAGUUUCCAUGGUGGAAUGCAAGGCUUGGCCGUAUGCGCAACGUGCUACGAAAACAACGCAAACACUAUUACCGUUACAAGACUGAAGACAACAAAAUUGUUCUUCGACAAUUUGAACUGCAAUAUGAAACCGCUAGAAAUAAUGCCUUCCGUGAUUAUCUUAACCGUAUCGAGAAUAGUCUUCGAAAUAAUCCCUCAACUUUCUGGACAUAUGUAAAGAGCAGGAAACGUUCUGUUGGCAUUCCCGUGAAUGUUUUUCACAAAGAUGUAAGCGCUAACUCUGCAUCUGAGGCCGUUAAUUUAUUUGCCGAUUAUUUCCGUGGUGUAUUCAACAGUUCCCCUGUCAAUCCGUCGCAGGAAUAUAUUGAUAGUUUGCAAUCGUACAGUGUUAACCUACCUCUCUUGAAUAUAAGUGAAACUGAAGUCAUGGAAGCACUAUCCAGUUUAGAUUCAACGAAAGGUCCAGGACCGGAUCGUCUACCGCCAGUGUUUUUAAAACGUUGUGCCCGAUCAUUAGCUGUACCAGUUAAUAUGAUCUUCAACCGAUCAAUAAUCGAACAUACUUUUCCUAGUGCUUGGAAAGUCGCUGCUAUAGUUCCAAUACAUAAGAAUGGAUACAUUCAUAAUAUUGAAAAUUACAGAGGGAUCUCGAUUUUGAACUGUCUAGCUAAAGUACUGGAAAAAUUUGUUUACGACGCGAUGUACUCUAAAGCGUCUCAAAUCAUUGCUGAUUGUCAACACGGCGUUUCUUCGGAGACCCGUAAGCCAUUUCGAUCCAGUGAGACGAACUGUCGGAAGCACCCGAGUUCCCGGUUCAUCCAGUGCAACUAUACGGCGACGACAAGUGGGGAGCAUCCGAGUUCCAGAACACCGCAACCGUACGAUCCAGGACCGAAUCUGAUAGCAGCCGGAGGUGCGCAACGGGCCCUACAUUCGACACAUUUUCAUUUAACACGUAAGUGUAUCAAAUAA